AUGUCCUCGCUCCGUGCCAACAUCGGCGGCCCGGAAUUGUCCAAGAAGCUGCGCCUUCUGAUCAAGACCGAGAACCACGCAAUCAAUGCAUACGAACAGGCUGGUAAAGAAUGCCAGAGUAUAGCAAGCCAGUUGAGCGAGUGGGGCGAGGAUACCAACGACGAGGCUGUUAGUGACAUCAGUGACAAGCUCGGUGUAUUGUUGGCAGAGAUCGCAGAGCAAGAAGAUCUGUUCGCACAGAACCUCGAGGACAGCAGAGGAGUGUUGAAGCAGAUCAGAAACACUGAAGCCAGCGUGCAACCGACGAGAAACCAGAAGCAAAAGAUCCAAGACGAAAUCCAAAAACUGAAAUACAAAGAACCAGAAUCCACGAAACUCGUCACGCUGGAACAAGAACUCGUCCGCGCCGAAGCCCAAAGCCUCGUCGCCGACGCCCAACUCAGCAACAUCACCCGCCAAAAAUUCAAAGAAGCCUACGACCUGCACACAGCCGCCAUCAUCGAGCGCGCCGAAAAACAACUCAUCCUCGCCCAACACGCUCGAAGGCUCAUCAGCAUGCUCGACGACACUCCCAUCGUCCCCGGCGACGAGCAGCAGCCUUUCACGCACGCCGAGGCGGCCAGAGAGGUUUUGAAUGAUGCCGAGGCUUCUCUUAGAGCGUGGAAGCCUUCGGUCGAGAAAAUUCACACCUCGGCGUCGCAGUUGGGGCCGAAUGCUAUGGCUGCUGUUACGAGCAUUCCUACUCAUGCGCUUCCGCUGACGGAGACGCUGACGGAUGCGCAGAGGAGUGAGGCUUUGGAGCGGGCGGAGCAGGAGGAGUUGCAGCGGGAGAAGGGUGAGGGUGCGGCGGUUGCGUCUUAG